ACAGCAAGCCAUCCACGCCGCCGACGCCGUCGCCGCCAUGUCGCCGCUCGCCUGCUCGCUGCUCGCUCUCGCCGCACUGUUCGCCGUUUCCAACGCGAAAAAUGUUCACAUUCCAAAUCCCUUUUGCGAUGAACGAAUGAGAGGCAUUGAAGGCGACAGUAGUGAACAUUUCAAGAUGACUGUUUCCGGUGGUGUUGUGAACAUCCCCGAUAAUUGCACCCGAUUGGGCCGAAAGUUGGUGGGCGAGGAUGUCAGUGUCUGCAACGCGCCCUAUUCCAAGCCCUUGCUCCGCAGUGUUUUUGGCCUUUCGAACAAGUUCGGGAUACUGGGCAUCGAUUGCCCCACAAACACCAACGGAUGCAUGACACUCGAAUUGGACGUCACGCAGCAUUGCAAAAUGGACGUGCCACUGGUACGCGGAUAAUAAGCAGCCAAUAUAACUUUAUUCUCCUAAAGUCCACGGUCCUACACAUAGUACUAAUAAUUUCAAUUAAAUUUUAGUCGUAUUUAAUUUGAACAGAGUUGCAUUAAUUUUAAAUCAAAUGAAAUUCAAUCUUAUUUCAUACAGCUCUAAGUCAACUACCAAUAUUUAUUUUAUAAUAACGGGCUUUAGGAAUCUAUGGGAAUAUUUUUUUUUUUUUUUACUUAAUUUAAAUGAAGGGCUUAAUAAACAUUCUGAAGUAAGCCAAUGUCUUUUGGAUAACCACUCACAUGCUUCAGGUAGCUGUAGCGACCAGCUGUCAUCACUAUUUUAUUUAUUUUAUAAUAAUAAAUGUCACUGAAAACUACCAAUCGAGUGAGUGGCUAAAUAUGUUCUGCUUUCGGCGUCGUGGAUAUGAAAGUAUUAUUUGAUUCUGGCUAAAUUUGGUUUUAUGUUUUUUUGCGUGUGGCAAAUUAAAAAUUGAUAAUCAUAA